AAGAGGUUGAAGAUGCCAGCGAGCCGACCAAGCGUGACCGGUCCCACCUGGAGAACACCCUGAAGCUCAAUGAGGAGAAACCUGCCGAUGAUGUCUCAGGAGUACUGCAGCGGCUGAGGAAGAUCUACCACUCCUCCAUCAAGCCCCUGGAGCACUCCUACAGAUACAACGAGCUGAGGCAGCACGAGAUCACAGCUUACCCCGGACGCACCCUGGGCUCCUCGGCCACAGAUGGGGAGAUCACUUCCAAGCCUAUGGUGCUAUUCCUGGGACCGUGGAGCGUCGGCAAAUCUUCCAUGAUAAACUACCUCCUGGGGCUGGACAACACUCCCUACCAGCUCUACACAGGGGCAGAGCCCACCACCUCCGAGUUCACUGUCAUCAUGCACGGCCCCAAGCUGAAGACCAUCGAGGGCAUCGUGAUGGCUGCUGACAGCGCCCGCUCCUUCUCGCCCCUGGAGAAGUUUGGGCAGAACUUCUUGGAGAAGCUGAUUGGCAUUGAGGUCCCCCACAAACUGCUGGAGCGAGUCACCUUCGUGGACACGCCGGGCAUCAUUGAAAACCGCAAGCAGCAAGAAAGAGGUUACCCAUUCAACGAUGUGUGCCAGUGGUUCAUCGACAGAGCCGAUCUCAUCUUUGUUGUCUUUGACCCCACAAAGCUGGAUGUGGGCUUGGAGCUGGAGAUGCUGUUUCGUCAGCUGAAGGGCCGUGAGUCUCAGAUCCGAAUCAUCCUGAACAAAGCUGACAGCCUGGCUACCCAGGAGCUGAUGAGAGUCUAUGGUGCCUUGUUCUGGAGCUUGGCUCCUCUCAUCAAUGUCACAGAGCCACCCAGGGUGUACGUUAGCUCCUUCUGGCCCCAUGACUACCAUCCAGAAACCCACAGAGACCUGUUCCUCAAAGAAGAGAUAUCGCUCCUGGAAGAUCUCAACCAGGUGAUUGAGAACAGGAUGGAGAACAAGAUUGCCUUCAUCCGCCAGCACGCCAUCCGGGUGCGCAUCCACGCCCUGCUGGUCGAUCGCUAUCUCCAGACCUACAAGGACAAAAUGACCUUCUUUAGCGAUGGAGAACUGGUGUUCAGGGACAUUGUGGAAGAUCCUGACAGGUUCUAUAUCUUUAAAUCCAUUCUGGCAAAGACCAAUGUCAGCAAAUUUGACCUCCCCAACCGCGAGGCUUACAAGGACUUCUUUGGCAUCAAUCCCAUCACCAGUUUUAAGCUGCUAUCUCAGCAGUGUUCCUACAUGGGAGGGUGUUUCCUAGAGAAGAUCGAGAAGGCCAUCACCCGUGAGCUUCCCGAUCUCUUGGGAAGCAUCGGCUUGGGGAAGAAGCCCAAUGUCCUCUCCUGCGACGUCACUGGCUGCGGCGAAACCCCAAAGAAUCGCUACAGGAAGCCCUAAGGUGAUCCACAACCCAACUGUCCACAUGUUCCUACUGGUGAAUGAGCUUAUGUCUUAUCUGUCCAAGAAGCCAUGGUUUGUUAACCCUUUGAGUGCCGCGCUGGCAAAGGCUACCGUAUUGAUGAGGACUUUUGAGUCAUUGACGUCGAUGGCAGGGGAAGAUGGGUGGGCAUAAGGAAGAGAAUAAAAACUGUGAAUUCCUGACAUUUUAUCUUUGUUCUUUUGAGUAGAAGGCAAUGUUUAAGCUGUAAGUAUGAGCAAUGCAUGGGCAGGACUGCAGCUGCUUUUCCACUGGUGCCAAGAGUGCGUGAAGAGGAAUUUCAGCCUCUGCAUCCCUGAAGCCAUGAGGGAAUGAGAACAAGGGCACAGCUUGAGAACACAGGGGAGAGCAGUGACACACUAACCCAGGCAUCACCGGGAGCACUGGUCAAGGAAAGAGAAGCCAUGUCCCAGCUGUUGUUUUCAGGCACAAACCUGCUACAAAUCUCAGCAAAUAUUGAUCUUGUUUUUAUUUCUGAGACCUCUAGGUCACCUGGUGAGUUCUGUUUUCACUUGACAGCUCAGUUGAUUUUCUGCAGCCUUCAUGGGGGUGUUUGACUUAAGAAGGAGCAUUUGAAGGGACACUUGUAGCUCCAGACAGGCAGCUGUGAUGGGAUUUGCAAGUCCAUGGCAAAGGAAGAAAUGGAGUGGAAAGGAGCAGCCAUCACUGGCUGAGCUGUGCUGGAGGAGGAGGGCCAGCACCCCAAACCAGAUGGUCCCACAAGGAGAUGUGAACAGGGUUUCCUUCCCUGGACCAGCACAGAAGAAGGCACUUCAUGCCUAUGUGUGUCAUUAACCUCAAAACCCAUGCUAGCAAGUCUUGUCUUUAGACCAGCAGGGCUCCAAGGUUGCGGGUUUGGCAGUUUGCCUUUGUUCAAGUCCAUGUUGCUCUUUUCUCAGUUAGCCCUCCGUGGUUUUGUGCUCUGUGGAGGGAGGCAGGAAGGGGGGUCAUUAAGCUGUGAAGUUAAAAAGGUCACAUCCCUUUUGCCUACCUGCUGAUCUGUCCUCCCCAGGACAGUCCAGGCAGGUUUCUGGGGAUUGCUUUCCAAACUCCUCCCUUUUUAGCCAUUUGUUGGCUCGUCUCUGAGCAUCAGUGCUCAGUCCUGAAGGAGUAUUGCUUUGGAAGCACCCGAGCAGGGUGAAGUUCCCCAUGGACAUCUGACCUUGAAACUUGGCCCUCAUGGACAGCAUUGCUGUCUGCCAAGCUGAGCCCAAACCAACCAGGUGAUAGUUGUCAUCCUGGAUGGAAAACCGGCACCUUCAAACCCACCAAGAACCUGCUGAAAGCCCUUCCUCCUGCCAAACACCCACAGCAAGCACUGCUCUCCAGGAAACCUCUGGAGAAAAGGGACAGAAGCAAGAGGACAUGGAGAUGCUGGCUAAAGCAAGAAAAAGGCAAAAGGAAUGAAAGAGGGAAAGAGAAAGCUGGGAAUGGAAGCCUGCGUUGUGAUGGGGAGGGUGUGAAGGGCAUCUCCACAUGUGCAACAGGAAGUGAGCUAAGGCAGGAGGCCUGGGAGAGCUCCGUGUCCCCCAGACACUGCAAUGAAGAGGUGCUCUUGAGUCCAGGUGAGUUUGAGGGGAUGCUGCUGCAGGGACCUGAAUGUUCCUGGCCUCUGCUUCGAGGUAGGACUUGACAUUUGAACUAAUGAAGCCGAGACUGAAAUCUACGUCCAAGCACAGGGCAGGGCGUGGUUCAGGAAGAGGGAUUUUGCCUGCAGUGCAGAGGGAGCAGAGGUGCAAGGGAAGGCAAGCAGUGCCAGGGAGAGCAGCACCCAGAGCAGUGUGGAGAGAAGGGAUGUGCUUGUGAGUCUCAAACCUGCUCCAUUGCUGCUGCCCCUCUGCUGCAAUUCCUUCUUUCUUGUCCGUGAUCCCGUUGCUCAUCAGUUUUCCUCUCCAUCUGUCGUUCACUCUCCUCUGUCACACUGGUCUGCAUGGUUUUUUAAGAGCUAAUGGAAUAGAAUCACCAAGAGAAACUGGCUGAUGUUGUCACUGUUCCUGCUAUCACACUGUGUGUCAUUGUCACAGAAAGCAAAGGCCUUUAAACAUUUCUGUUUGCAAGCACUGUAUUGCACCAUCUCUUUCCUAGUUCCUCUGUCACCCUAAAGCCCAUGGGGUACCCAGGGAAAGGCCCCCUGCCCCACAAGAAGUAUUGACCUUGAAGGCACUGAAGUGCUCUCAGGCCACUCCCAUCGUUCUCUCCACCCUUUCUCUGGUUUCCUUUUGCUUUAUUUUCCAGUCCUCAUUGCCUCCUCUCCUCCCUUCCGCUUCCCUGCAGCACCUGCACGCCCUGUGCAAAGCCCUGGUGCCUGUGUGCGGGAUGGGCUCCUCCGUGACAGCCAAAACCCUUUCCCCCCAAUAUGGCUCUUUUGGGUUUUCCUUCCAAAGCCCUGGCACUGGGGGUCUGUUCCCUGUGGCACACACUGACCCAGCUCCGUGCUGCCUCAGGGAGAAGCCACCACUGAGAUGCCUCCUCUCCCACAGAUCCAGGUGGCUGUCAGUCCCAAGAGGAUUGCAGUUCCCUGCCCAGUUCUCACUGAGCUUUCUCAGGAGACCUCUGGGAAUCUGGGAGUGGAAAAAUGGGGAGCAGGGAGACAUUUUCAUUCUGCUGAGAAACUCAAAGCCCCUCAGAAUUUGGGGGAGUGGAACAUCUUGCCUAAGAGCUUCAUGGGAGGGAGGGAGCUGGGACACAGGCCCUGUAGAUGCCCGUGAUCAUGUGCAUUGGGAUAAAACUGUCAGCUUGAACAUCAGCCUGUCUAAUAAAACCUGAUAUUUUCCAAACACA